AUGCCUUACGGAGUUGCUAAUUCACAUUUUCAACCAUCUAUGGCCAACUCUAAUGCUUCAGCUCAAUUGCACCCUUCGACAUAUGCCUCACAUACUGGUCAUGCUAAUGCCAAUCCACCGCUAUCCGCAAACUAUAUUCCUUUCCCCAACCCUCUCCAACCAAGUCAAAACAUCCUUUGUUUUGACAUUCCUGGCUUUAAGAUUAUUAUCAUUCCUGUAGACAAUUCUACUUCAAAUAAUAUUAAUAAUAACUCUCAAGCUCAAUUUCAACAAUCAUUUAAUAAUUGUAAUAAUUUUAGUGGCUAA